UACAGCAAAGAACAGACAGAACAGCAACAACAUGAGCGACACAGAAGACGUCCAGGUCCAGCAGACUUCAAACGUCCUCCCACAGGACAUCCUCGACAACGCAGGAACCAUCAAGCUCUUCAACAAAUGGGACUACUCCGGUUUGUGAUUUCUCCAUCGUUGCUUCCAUUCUCCAUGUGACCGACGCACAGCGCUUCCAGCAAGCUCCCCACAGCUCAACGUAGCGCUGUGCAACACGCAUAGGAAUUCUAGCCACCGAUGUACAAGGAGUGAAGGGGCUGACAAACUUUUUAUAUAGAUGUUGAGGUCAAGGAUAUCUCCCUCGUCGACUACAUUCAGCUCAGGCACCCAGUCUACCUCGCACACACUGCCGGCAGGUACGCCGUCAAGCGUUUUCGCAAGGCACAAUGCCCCAUCGUCGAGCGUCUCGUCAACGCACUCAUGAUGAACGGCCGCAACAACGGAAAGAAGCUCAUGGCUGUUCGCAUCGUCAAGCACGCCUUUGAGAUUGUUCACCUCCUCACAGACUCCAACCCCAUCCAGAUCCUUGUCGAUGCUAUCGUCAACUGUGGUGUCCGCGAGGACUCGACCCGUAUCGGAUCCUCUGGUACCGUGCGCAGGCAGGCUGUCGAUGUCUCUCCGCUCCGUCGUGUCAACCAGGCCAUUGGUCUCUUGACUGUCGGUGCCCGUGAGGCUGCCUUCCGCAAUGUCAAGACCAUUGCCGAGUGUCUUGCCGAGGAGCUCAUCAACGCCGCAAAGGGUUCUUCCAACUCUUACGGUAUCAAGAAGAAGGAUGAGCUCGAGCGUGUUGCACGAUCCAACCGUUAAUCCCCUUCUAUCACUUGCAUACGAUGCCUUUGUAGAAUUUGGUGUCUUUCUA